AAAGGAAUUGGACGAGUUAUGGAACUCACUUCCAGGUGAAAUGAAGAGGAAGAAAUAGAUGGAAGCGCAUCAUGUAUUGCAACGAUCUGCCCUAUGAAGAGUUAUUUAUUUUAACGAUUUUGGUAUGAAGUGUACAUAUGUGAGUGAAAGUGUAAGAAGAAAGGACAAAACAUUUCCAAACGAUGCAAAAUAAUUUUGACCCUGGUUGAUCAAGUGAACAAUAUAAAAUCCAAGAAUCAAUGUAAUCAAAUAAAAAUAUAUACUUAAAACAAUACUAAAACAGUGAUAGAAGACAACCCGUGUGGUUAAUGUAUUUAAAGAAAUAUGUAAUUAAUCCUGCAUCGCUUUAUUAAAAAUAAUUUAUAAAUACAUGUAAAUGUCAAAUAAAUAUAAUAACUAAAAGAGCGUCCAAACAUUGCAAAGUUAUUUGGGGGCCAUUGCAGUUAUACAUAAGCAUAUCAAAAAAUUAAGCUAUGAUGCUUAACUCUAAAGAUAACAUUUAUUUUUUGAACUGUGCUUUCUACUAUUUGUAUCUCUUGCUUUCAUCGUCUAUAUACUAACGAUAUAUACAACACAUACAUAUAUAUUCGUAUACACUUACUUAAUUAGCUCUUUAUUAACUGGCUAUCCUGCCGAAUAUUUUUUAUAAAUGUCUACAUCGACAAGUACCCGAAGGUGGACCAACUGUGACCUUCCCUCUAGAAAUUGAUAAUCUCAAGAACUUAAGUUACUGUCCCUUUACAAAACCAUAGCCUCAAGAAAUCGUAUUGGUGUUACAUUAAAAAUGUCACGAUCUUCAAUUUCUCUUCCAAGAAGGUAAAGUCGGCAACUAUACAACGAUAUUUACCGUCUGCCUUAAGUUUUUCUCGUCAACAGUAUUUGAAACGUUUACAAGAAUGUAUGUAACUCUAUUCGAUAAUUAUUUCAUUAAAGUAAUCUUUAAAAAGGAUACUCUAAUUAAUAUCCCUAUGGUAAGCUAAAGCUGAUUUAAAGUUAACACCAAAGAUAAAACUAAUUAUUCCGUGUAAAUAAUGACCAACUUAUAAAAGAAUAUCAGUUAAAACUAAUACGAAGAAGUUAAUGUCGGCAAUCCUAAUUGAAUAUUCGAAAAUGGGACCGUUCAAGAAUUUUGUGCACCGUCUUUACUGCUCCUCAACGCAUAUUGUGUUACUCUUCGUGGAUUCGGUAGAAACAGUUGAAAGAUUUCAAGUGUGUUUGGUGUUCAUUAAGUAAUGUUUUCUGGGACAAAAAAGGAAAUACCACUACACUUUUGUUAUUUGUUACUCCAAACAUGGCUAAAUGUCACAUAAAUACAAUGCAAAGUAUGGUUUGCUAUUCCUGAUACUUACUUUCGCUUUCUUCAAUCUUUUGUUGUCAAUUUUGGUUUUGUUUCGACCUGUGCAAACGGAGAAGAGAUGAACAAUAGUACCGUUUAAGUAAAAACUGCAUGAGCACCGCAGUGUCGGCGAGUAUGCAGGCGGCGCUACUAAUCAGAGAGAAGCAGCGUCUUCGAAGAAAAAAAUUUAAAAAAGGACGAUCGGAACUGCCCAGCAAUGUGGCAACCAGGGAGAUCGCCCCCUUUCCAACCUAUCCACCAGGAUUCUGGUGUUCACAGGGGCGGGCAGCCUGGCAAGAAAGACAAGCUGCUGCAGCUGCAGGUGGAAGACGCUGUUCUCUCUCCCAUGAAGCCCAACAGCAUCGACAAAGGCAAGCCGAAGCACAUCAUCGAUGGAUUAAGCGAAACAGAAUUCAUGAUACGACAUACGGUGGAGAUUCCGAAGAUGAUUUAUUCAGCAUUUACCACCAGAGUGCUGCAGCCAAUGCUCUUCUCUACGUCGGUUUAGGCACAACCGCAAUUGGUUUUGUAGUUUUCUUCGUCGGAUCUGGCGAUAAAGGUUUCAAAACGUUGGAACUACGCCUAAUAGGACCUACUCUUAUUGCUUGUGGCCUAUUAUGCUGCCUCGUUCGUGUACUGCUAUGUGCUUGCCCGUCCACCUGCCUUCAACAGCGUCGGAAAAAGAAGAAAAGACUCAAGAAUACAUGCCCACAUCGAAAAAGAUUUCCAUCAGAGCAACGGGAAAAACUAAAUACAGAAUUUGUUCCGGUUGACCCUACACAAUCAUUAAUUAGCAAACAAAAGAAAAGGGUGUCGAUUGCUCCUCCAAAGUCUUUACCAAGUACUAGUACGUCGGAACACCUGCACAACACCUCAAACAUUCAACAAGGUUCUGGAAAUUCAGAAAAUUCAAGACUACCACUGACUACACAAUCCUCUAUUCCCAUAAUAACGGUGCCUGAAUUCGCAGACUUCAACAACGACCAGAGACCCCGCAGAAUGUCACACGAAGACACAUGCAUCGAGUUGGAGAACUUAGAAUUCACUUACGACCUGCAAAGCGUCUCUAGCAACGACGAAGUUGAGUUGGAAGAAAGAGAUAGGGCGGUGAUGAGGUGUAGUGUUAUACAAACUCAAAAGAAAACUCAGUUGAAUGAAGUUUCUAAUAAAUUAGAAGCUUUUGAUGGUGGCGGUAUUACGGAAGAAAAUGAUGAAACUUGUUUAACGGUUGUGAUAGAAAAAAACCAACAAGAAACUGAAAAUGAUAGGAAAAAUGACAAUGAAAAAAAAUCGCACAGUGGGAUCGUAUUGAGUCCUUUGCAAUUGGGACAAUAAAUAAUUGUUGUUUUAAAUGUUUCCGACUCAAAUUUAAACACUUUACGGUACAAUACGACUAACUAGCCUUAGAUGAAAUAUCAGCCCUUAGUCAUUAUUGAGCUUUUGUACAAUAAAUAAAUUAAAACUAAGAAAGGAUUAUUAACAAUCAAAAAACCCUGAAGAAAUUCAUUACAGAGAUAAAUUGUUAUAUAACGAUAAGUUAUUAAUCAUUAACAUUCGCAUUCGGUUUAGAUACAGCCGAUUGAGUUUUCGGGUUGGGUCGCAGCGUCCUUUGCUUAACUGAAAAUGUUUUUUUUGACUUUUAUCUAAAUUGAUAUUUAAAAUUGAUAAGUAUCAUGCAGGUCAGAAAUGCAGGAAAUGAUCAUUUGUCCGUCGACAAGCAUAAUAAGUCAUCUUAACCGUAGAUUGUUUGAAUAAAGUAAAGUAAGCAUCAUGCGAAUGUAACCCAAUAAACAAUUUUAAAAGAAUACACUUUCUUUAUCAGGAAUAUAAACCGUCGUUGUAAACUACUACAUUUUAAUGUAUGCUACAAAGGCUAGUGGAAGUAGAUUGUCAAAGCAAAGCAAAUCAUUACAGCUUUUAUCCUCACUAAAUGUGCAUAUAAAUUACAGGGUGCUUUUUAAGAAUACCACAAUCUUUAUAUUUUCAAUACCUUCGCUAUAAUAAAAUGACAAUGAUUGAAUAAGUCCAGUCAUAAUUCAUUCUGACGUGCCUAAUAGGCUACAUGAUAAAUAGAGAAUGCUUAUGUAGGUAUUACAUUAUGUACCCUAUUGAGAAUUGCUUCUACAUUUGUUUUAUAUUAAGAAUGUGGUAUAAACAAAAAAUUAAAUAUGUUUUUGAAUUUAUCAUGCGAAAGAAUCGCGUUUAACUUGGUUUGACGUCGAAUGAUCUAAAGAUGUUGUCAGUAGUUUUAUUACAUGAACAAAUACUUGCAGUACAUGCAGUAAUUUUCAUUUUACAAUACAAGCAAUAUCUGAACUAUUCUAUAUAAAAAUGUUAUCUUAUUUCUGCUAGGGAUCUCAUUUGGCAGACAAUAUUCACUUGGCAAUUUGGAGAUAAUAAUUAUUAUUAAACAUUCAUAAAUUUUCUCAUAUGCUCAUAGCCUUUCUAAUAAAUAUAUUCCAAACUUCACUGGAUGUUAGUAGGUUUACAAAAUUACCCUAAUUAGUUUAAGGUUUAUAAUUUAUACCUUCAAUUUUUAUUUUACUUAUAAUUUAUUAGUUUCGUUAAAACAAAUAAUCAUUCAAUAACAACCUCAUUAUUAAACUUUAUAUAAUCUCCAAAAAUAUAUAUAUAGAAAAGUGCAGUUAUUGAAAAGUAUUGUCGACAAUUGUCAACUGAUAACAAUUACAACUAGUUACAUAAGGUAUCCAAAUAAAUUAUAAAUGCACGUAACUAUAAUAGAUGUUGACAAUGUUAUUCAUGCCUCUAUAAUAUUAAUACCUAGAACAUUUAAUCAAAGCUAUGUACGACAUAGUUUUGCAGUAACCCACCUAAUACUGCAUCAUGUUCAUUACGUCUCUGUGUUUAAAUUUGAGCGGAUGUUGUUAGAAAAUUUGUAAAUGGAAUUGAUUAAUGAUUUAGAAAGUAUUACACCGUACACAUACAUGCAAACCUGUGUACCAUACCAGAUCAUGAAGUAACGAAGUAAUGAUAAAAUAUAUAUUCGUUGGGAUACAUCUGUAUUAUACUGAAACAGUAAAAAUUAUUUAACUCAUUCUGAA